GCCUACAAGCGAUUAUAAAUCAGUCUGUGUGAAACUUACGCCGCGGCUGCUUUACAUUAUGUAAUUUUUUUAAUACGUGUUUCGUAAAGAUAUAUUUUUAAUAGUCUUUUUUUUGUUAUUAUAAUUGUGAUAUUAUAUGAUAAGUAAAUACAAUGGGUGUCAAAAGCACUGGUCGUGAUUCUAACCAAAAGAAAAACAAAAAACUACCUUCAGAGAAGUCCCCUCCGGGAGUGUUUUCUAGGUUUUUGUAUUGUUGGACAUUCCCUUUGUUCUAUAAUGGCAACAGACGAGAUCUUGAGGAACACGAUUUGAAACCGGCGAAGAAAAUUUACGACUCAAAAAAUGUGGGAGAUAUGUUGGAACAGAAUUGGUUUAAAGAAGAAGCAGCCGCUAGAGCCGCGGGCCGCACACCAUCCUUUGUAAAAGCUUUAGCGAAGACAUUUUUAUGGACUUUCAUCCCUGGAGGAAUAAUGCAAUUUAUAUACACUGCUCUUAGAACAGCAACCCCUUUACUUUUCGGGCAGCUGCUGCUGUACUGGUCCCCGGAUUCACCUAUCGACCAGCAGACCGCUAUGUACUACGCCCUGGGAAUGAUCUUUGCCAACUGGACUGGUUCCUUCUUCAACCACCACGGAGCACUGUACUGCCAACAAUUUGGAAUGAAGCUGAGAAUCGCUACCAGCUCUCUUAUGUUCAGAAAGAUAAUGCGAAUGAACAACGCAUCUCUUGGAGAGACGGCGGCAGGCAAGGUGGUGAACUUACUGUCCAAUGACCUGCAGCGCUUUGAUCUAGCGUUUCUGUUCCUGCACUACGUGUGGAUCAUCCCGAUACAGCUGGCGGCAGUGUGCUGGUUGGGCUACAUGCAAGCGGGAUACGCGGCUCUGAUUGGCUUGGCCGCUCUGAUAAUUAUCGCUCUACCUAUACAAGCUUUCCUGAGUCGUAUAAUCGGAAGAACCAGGUUCAAAAUAGCUGACAAAACUGACGAGAGAAUCCGAGUGAUGAGCGAAGUCAUAACUGGAAUUCAAGUAAUCAAAAUGUACGCGUGGGAAAUACCUUUCGAGAAGACAGUUAGCCAAAAGAGAGACGAUGAAUUGAAACAAGUUCGCAUCGCCACAUUCUUGAGAACCGUGUUCUUAGGCUUUAUGAUGUUCACCGAGAGAACGGCUUUCUUCAUCACCAUAAUGACAUUUGUUCUUUUAGGGAACUCGAUGACGGCUAAUGUGAUAUAUCCUCUACAACAAUUCAUGACCGCUGCCCAGCUUAACAUAACACUGUUCUUGCCGCUCGUAGUCAGUUUCACUGCUGAGAUGCUGGUAUCCAUCAAAAGAGUUCAAGAAUUUCUGCUAUUGGAGGACAGGCCCGACUUGGCGGCGGGCGCGGAGGCGCCGACAGCCCGCUUGUUCAAAAAUCCCAGUUUCUCGGGCGCCGACAAAACUGUUACGCCUCUCUCUUAUCACCGCAACUCCGAUGCAGUAUUUACUAAUGGUAUAAAUCGCGGCAACAAAUUCCGUCGGAGCAUGUCGAUGCCAGGAGAGUUCGCCGUGGAGGUUCGUGACGUCACGGCGAGCUGGACCGGCGACCCCAACAUGUUGGCUCUCAAGAAUAUCUCGUUCAGGCUGCGCCGGGGAAAGCUCUGCGCCAUUAUAGGAGCCGUCGGGUCUGGGAAGUCAUCCAUUCUGCAACUACUUCUGAAGGAGCUACCAGCAGCUACCGGGAGCGUCGUAAUACCAGGAAGCAUUUCUUACGCGAGUCAGGAGCCGUGGCUUUUCCCUAGCACCGUUCGGGAGAAUAUUCUUUUUGGAUUGCCAUAUGAUGUGCAGAAAUAUAGAAGGGUUUGCAAAGCAUGUGCACUGGAAAAAGACUUUUUGCAAUUCCCCUACGGCGACCAAACACUGGUGGGCGAGCGAGGGGUGUCGCUGUCGGGGGGGCAGCGCGCCCGAAUCAAUUUGGCCCGCGCCGUCUACAGGGAGUCGGACGUGUACCUCUUGGACGACCCUCUGUCCGCGGUGGACCCUAACGUGGGCCGCCAACUAUUCGAGGGCUGCAUCAACGGGUACCUGCGCGGGCGCACCAGAGUGCUCGUCACGCAUCAAAUACAUUUCCUUAAAGCUGCCGACCAUAUUAUUGUGUUGAAUGAGGGGCGAGUUGAGAACAUGGGCACUUUCGACGAGUUAGCAUCUUCAGGCAAAGAGUUUUCCAUGUUAUUGACCGCGCUGCAGGACGGUAAAGACAAGGACACCGAGAGUGUAGGUUCAGGAGUUAGUCUUGAAGACAAAGAGAGACCAAAGCUACUUAGAACUCAAUCUUCCGUCAACGAGGCAGAACAGCCACAGGAGUUUGAAGCUCAGAAGAUAAAAGAUGAAGAGAGACAGUCUGGGAACUUACGAUGGGAGGUCGUCAGCGCUUACUUCACGUCUGGUGGAAACGUGUGCUUCAUCAUGUUUACAGUGUUGAUGAUCUUACUGGCUGCUGCUAGUGCCGCGGCCGUCGACUUCUGGGUUAGCUUUUGGUCUAACCAGAUGGCUAUAUAUGAAGAAGGAUUAGAUGGAGAAGAUAUGGAUCCAGGUUUAGACGUACAAGUGGGACCGUUCACUACGGGACAAUACAUCAUCAUCCAUGGCUGUAUAGUGGUGUCUUGCAUCUUACUCACACACUUCAGAGUCCUUCCAUUUGUGAGUCUAUGCGUAUCUGCUUCUAAGAACCUGCAUAACAGAAUGUUCUCCACCAUGACUAAGGGCAUCAUGAGAUUUUUCGAUACUAGCUCCUCAGGUCGUAUUCUGAACCGAUUCACAAAGGACAUGGGAGCUCUGGACGAAAUAUUGCCUCGAACUUUGUUGGAUGUGUUCCAAAUCUACAGCACGCUGGUUGCUAUCCUCGUAUUGAACGCUAUCGCGCUGUACUGGACCCUCAUUCCUUCAGCGGUUUUGCUUAUUUGCUUCUUCUUCUUUGUUAAAAUUUACAUGAAAACAGCACAGGGAGUAAAGAGGUUGGAGGGAACGGCAAAGAGUCCAGUGUUCGGAAUGAUAACAUCUUCUUUGAACGGUAUUGCUACCAUAAGAUCAGCCGGCGCUCAACACAGACUCAUCGCUGAUUUUGAUAACCAUCAGGACCUGCACACUGCUGCGUGGAACAGCUACUUGGGCGGCGGGUCUGCCUUCGGUUUCUAUCUGGACACGAUGUGCCUUGUAUACCUCAGCUGCGUCAUCUUUGUUUUCUUAUAUCUUGAUUUGGGUGACGCAAUAGCCGUCGGCAGCGUGGGGUUAGCGGUGACACAGAGCAACACGUUGACGGCCAUGUUGCAGCACGGAGCUCGCAUGUUGGUGGAGUUCAUCGCUCAGCUCACGAGUGUAGAGAGAGUGCUCGAGUAUACUCGCAUCGAGACCGAGCCAAACCUCUUUGAAGGCAAAAUAAACGCGCCUGCACAUUGGCCUUCAGCGGGUAACAUCGAGUUCCAAAGAGUAUUCUUGCGUUACGCCCCAAACGAAGCACCGGUUCUCAAGGACUUAAACAUCGUCGUCCAGAGUGGGUGGAAGGUCGGGAUAGUGGGCAGGACGGGAGCGGGUAAAUCUUCCCUAAUAUCGGCUCUGUUCCGUUUCGCAUACAUUGAUGGGACGAUAUCCAUCGACGGCAUUGAUACUUCCCUGGUUGCAAGACAGGAGCUUCGAUCAAAAAUUUCAAUUAUUCCGCAAGAGCCAGUCCUAUUCUCCGCUACAAUAAGAUACAAUCUGGAUCCUUUUAACAUCUACAGCGAUGAUGACCUCUGGAGAGCGCUUGAACAGGUGGAUAUGAAGUCAGCUGUUCCUUCACUCGACUUCAAAGUAACGGAAGGAGGUUCCAAUUUCUCUGUGGGGCAAAGACAACUAAUGUGUUUGGCGCGCGCUGUGCUUAGAUCUAACAAAAUAUUAAUUAUGGACGAAGCCACUGCCAACGUUGAUCCUCAAACUGACAGCUUUAUACAGCAGACAAUACGGCGCCAAUUCUCAUCUUGUACAGUUCUGACAAUUGCUCAUCGGCUCAACACCAUUAUGGACUCUGACCGUGUGUUAGUAAUGAAUUUCGGGCAGGCGAUGGAGUUUGAUCAUCCUCAUAUUCUGCUCUCAGAUCCAAAUAGUAUGUUUUCGUCCAUGGUUCGUGAAACUGGUGAAAAGACUAGUGCACAACUUUUUGAAAUAGCCAAAGAAAGUUAUUUCCAGGAUAAUCUGCAGAAAAAUGCAAGAUGAAAGAUCAAAUAAAUGUUGAUAAACUAGAUCGAUUGAAGAAACGUGAUAUUAUUUACAACGCUUGCAUCACAGUCAAUGUCACUAAUCAUUAUGCAGGUUCAUAAUGGAGAGAAGAUUGUUUUAAACUUGUUAUUACUUCUCUUUGCAAUAUAAAUACACAUGUACAUACAUACACGUUUGAAAAAUCUAAAGUUAGAGACCUGCAUACCGAUUAUGUACCUAUAACUAAUGGUUGUGUUUUCGUUAAUGUAGAUAGCAGCAUAUUUAGCAGAACUAUAGUUUAAACUUCUAAGGAUAACAGAACAGGGUUGUUUGCAUUAAGUAUUAAUAUUUGAAAUUUAUUUGAAUAAAAUGUGAAUAUUUUUAUACAUAUGAAAAAAAUAUAUUUUGUUGAAUAAAGGUUAUUG